AUGGAAAUAGGUAUCGUCGGCGCCGGUGUAAGCGGUCUAUAUACUGCACUUCUUCUCCAACGAGAAGGCCACCGAGUCACUCUCUAUGAAGCCGGUUCCCACAUUGGCGGACGCAUCUACACUCAUCGCUUCCAACCCCUCAACUCCAAUGAAGAUAUCUACUUUGAAGCUGGGGCGAUGCGUAUGCCCCGUUCGAGUCUGCAUUCGCGUGUGUACCAGUUCAUCCGCUACCUCAACACCCACGGGCGCCACGAAGACAAGAUCGAACUCAUCCCGUACGUCCUUGAACAGCGCAACAACAUCGCCUUCAUCCGCAACCGCAAGGUGAAUGUCGAUGAUCCCACCCUCGCGGUCGAGUGUGGCCUGCCGGCGGAGUAUCAGGGGAAAUCCGCACGACAACUGCUGGGCGAGGCCGUCACCCCGUGGCUGAGCCUGCUUCACAAGGACUUCCAGACUGGGUUUGGACAGCUAAUGAAGCUCGACGAGAUUCAGACAAAUCAGUACGAUUUGAGCUGCACAGAGAUCAUGAUGCAGAAUCUUGACUUCCAUAUCCGAGACUGGAGCACGGUCCGCGGGGGUAUGUCGCGGCUCACCGAGAGCGCAGCAAACCUCAUCGGCCGGGAGCACAUCCACCUCAACGCGCGGGUCGACUCGAUCAAGGAAAACCUAGUCGGAACAAUCACGCUGUCUACUAGUGCACACUCUGCCACCUUUGACAAGCAUCAUCGAACGCCCCACCUGGUCCUUCAUAAAAGAGCAGGCGCUGCGCGCGACGCACCCCUCUAUAAGAUCGGCCUACACUUCCGUACCCGCUUCUGGGAGAAGCUUCCCACUCCUUGUCUCGGCGGACAGAGCGUGACGGACCUCCGCUUCCGCUGGAUCGUGUAUCCGUCCAAUGAUAUUGGAAGCUCGCGGUCCGGGGUGCUGCUGCUGUACUGUUGGAUGAACGAUGCGUACCGGAUGGCCUCGCUCCCUCGGGACCAGCGCGUGUCUCUAGUGUUACACGAUCUGCAGAGGUUCUACGCGGACACCGGCGUCAGCAUCUCCGACGAAUUCAUGGAUGCCUUUGACGUCUGA